AUGAGUAUUCACACAAGUGCAGGAAAUGCAUCAUCUUUACCACCAAGACUUCCAUUUAUAUCCUUUGUCCCAUGGAAAUUGGAAAAGCUACCAUCUAUUCCUCAUGGACCUGUGCAAUAUGUAUUUGUGUGCUGCAGCUACAGAGGAUAUUGGACAUCUCGAGGAAGACCAUCCGAAAAAGGAAUCAUGCGAGAUGCAGAGGCUACAAUGCGAUGGGUUAAGAAAGAUGUUGAGUCACGAUCAGACUCAGAUGGAUGCGAAAUUAUUCUUUGGGGUCAAAGUCUUGGGGCGGGGGUUGCCGCGGGUUUGGCAGCGAAAGAUGGAAUAUUCUCGAAUGAGCUGCGUUUGCGGAAAUUGAUUUUGGAGACACCGUUUCUGGGCAUUAAAGCGAUGCUGGAGACACUCUAUCCGCAAAAAUGGCUUCCAUAUCGAUACCUUCAUCCAUUCCUCAGAAACCACCUUGAUAGCUGGAAAGCUCUAGGCGAUUUACAUGAACGCACUGAGAGAACCGGAUUGAAAGCACCGUAUAUUCAUAUUCUGCAGGCUGGCAAAGACGAAUUGGUGCCAGAAACUCAAGGGCGAAUGCUAGAGAAGAGAUGUUUGGAUCUUGGGUUGGGGGUGAGGAGAGAAGUUAUUCAGAGCGCGUUGCAUAAUGAGGUUCUGGUUCGUGGGGGUGGAAGUACAAUUAUUGCGGAGGCGUAUAGCACAGCAUGA